UGAGCACCACGAGUACUCAGCCAUGCACCAUCCAGCUAGUUCCCCACGUUCACUGGGCAUCUUGCCCUAUCCCAGUGUGACAGAGGACAACUGCUCAGCCCCUGCUGCUAGAAGUUGUAUAGGAAGAACACAGUGUAGGAAAUAGCAUUUGAGCUCUGCAGUGUAAUUACCAUUUCUCAUUAGAAGCUGACUCUUCAACCCCCCAUAGGGCUUGUCUACAAGACUAGUUAGUCUGCGGCAAGCCGGGAUGUGAACCUACAGCACACCAGCCUGUCACUCAGUCACAUCCCAGGUGGUUGCAGUUUGGUGGGUGCUGGUCAGUGGGAGGAGCAGGGUUUGGCCAGAUGUGAGACCUUUGAGGAUGGCAGAGGGCAAAGGGGGACUCUUGGAGGACCAGCCCCUCCAGAAAGCUCUGAGGAGGCUGGAUUGUGAUUUUCACAGGAUGGGAAAUGUAGCUGUUGAAAGGUCAGAGGGCCAGCAAAGCCCCUGGAUUCUGGCUUGAAGCUAGUGGACCUGUAUGGGUUGAGCCCUGGGAAGCACGUUUCUGGAGUGUAACGGUGCCAGCUCUAAGCCCUUCGUUAGGAAUGCAGGGGUCAGUGUACCGAGACCCUGCCGUGGGAUUCAGGGUCACUGCUGAGUCAUGCUGGUAGGCAGGUCCAGCGAGGACAGAGGAGUUCUUAGACGGGAAGCUCUGGGAGGCAUCUUAUACUGAGUUCUCUGCGCUGGUGUCCUGUUACCAAUAAAACCGAACCUCAGAAAGGGGCAAUAACUCAAGGUUCAUGUGUGCCGCUGAGAGCAGGCUGGGGACUCCGCCUGGUCCAGGGAUGCUUGAGUCUCAGCCUCAUGGAAAAGAGUGCUGGGUGUGAUCCGCAGAGCCAGACACGUGCAGAUAACGACGGAAUCACUGGCGAGCCGGGGCAGUGCCAGGAAGCCAGCACUGGGGUGCUGCUGAUUGGAAGGUAUCGGAUGGAGGCGAUGCCAGGCCCCACAGGCUAGAACAGAAUCUGCGGGUUUGAAUCCCAAGAUAGCUGUGCAGCUGGUUCAUCCUUGAGCCCAGGCUGCCUCCUGAUGAAUUUUUGUUCAAAAUCCUAUUGCCCAAAACAUAGAACUGGGGAAAGGUGGCUUGCCCACAGUCCUCUGUACAGCACAGAUCCAGCUGGGAGGGCGUGUUCCGCUUGAGUAACUGGGCUCCCUCCGCCUUUGGGUCUCUGCUGAGACUGCCAGACUAGUCAUUGGUGUGGCCGUGGCCCUUGCUAGGAAACGCAGCCAGCAUGGUCCGUGGGCUGUAGGCCCCGAGCAGCCAUUUGUCAGUGGUGUCCGGGGGGCUGGAUUUGACUGUCAGAUUGGGAAGUGGGGGUGAGGUGUGGCCGUGCCCCUAAUAAUGCUUGUGUUGUGUGCAGAGCGAGCGCUGUACAGUCUGGAGUGUGCGUUUCACCCUGUGUUCAGUCUCACCAGUGGAACCUGCAGGCUUGAUUACCGGAGACCUGAGAACAGAGCUUUCUACCUGUCUCUCUUCAAACACAUGAUCUUCCUGGAGAAGAGAGGCUGUCCCCGUACAGCCCUGGAGUUCUGCAAACUUAUCCUGAGCCUUGAUCCGGAGAAUGACCCGCUGUGUGUGCUGCUGCUAAUUGAUUUGCUGUCGCUCCGAGCUAGAGAAUACUCCUUCCUGACACGCAUGUUCCAAGAGUGGGAGGGUCACCGGAACUUGUCCCAGCUCCCAAACUUUGCCUUCUCGGUUCCGCUGGCGUAUUUCCUUCUGAGCCAGCAGGAAGCGCUCUCGGAAGCGGAACUAAGCCAGGCACGGGAGAGAGCUGCCCACCUUCUCCAGCACGCGCUGAUCAUGUUCCCAAGCGUUCUCAUGCCGUUGCUGGAUCACUGUAGCGUGCAGCCAGACUCCAGGGUCGCUUCACAUUCUUUUUUUGGACUCCAAGCUCAGAUAAGCCAGCCUCCUGCCUUGAACCAGCUGGUCUCCCUGUACGUAGGAAGGACCCACUCCCUGUGGAAGGACCCUGCCAUCAUGGCCUGGCUGGAAACCAAUGUCCAUGAAGUGUUACGGAGGGUUGACACGAGUGAGCCAGUGGUGGAGGAAUUUGCGCAGAAGCGCAAGGUGCGGUACCAGAGCGCCCCCAGAAACAUCUCUCGCCAUGUGAUUCUCUCGGAGCUGAAAGAAGCCACGGCAGCACUGCCCCUGGAAGUGACAUCCCAGCCCGUAAUAGGGUUUGACCCCCUACCUCCCUUGGACUCCAUCACUUCCUAUACAAGACCAGAAAGGACGACUCAUCCAUCCAAUGAAAGCACUUUAUCUCUCUUCUUUCGAUCAUUGUUGCCAAAUUUUACCUUACAGGGGGAGAUCAGACAAGAUGGAGAUGAAGAGGCUGGAGCUGGACAGGAUCUAAACCAGGGUGUGAAUAGGCUAAUGGCAGCCAUGCGGGACAUGCUGGCGAAUAUCCAGUUCCAGGAGCCUCCGCGAGACGAAAACCCCGACGGAGACGCGGACUGGGACUGAAACCAGACCAAGCCCUGUCCCCACACCACGCUAUGUAAUUAUGUUCCUGAUUGGUGGGGCACUGUAAUAAACAGUCACGCAGA